UGUGUGUCUGACUGUGUUACUGACGUGUGUGAGGCUGUGGAGCAGGUGAUGCUCGUGUCCUUGACUCUCUCUCCAUCUCUCACUCUCACACAUGCUCUCCUCUCAGCACCUGAUUUCAAAGGCAGGAAAAUCAAAGCAGGAAAUACUCCAGCUGAAAAGCUUCCAAUUUAUGAGCCGAACAUCCCAGAGCCGACGUCCCGAGAGGAGCUGCUCAAAUACUGGCUCAAUAUUUCAUUGGACGAACAAACUGCCAAUAAAGUGCUGUGGCUGACAGAGGGCGGGGCUAAAGUGUCCCGCAUGACAGAGGAGGUGUGUCCUUACCUGGACAGGCCAGAGAGAUUUGACCACAGUCCUCAGAAUGAAGCACUGUGGUACACUUUUGGUGGAGGAACUAAACUCACGAUCACUGGUCCCGCAGUGAAGCCCUCCGUGUCUCUGCUGCCUCCCUCUUCUCUGCAGAUCUCUGGAGACUCAGCCGCACUGCUCUGCCUGCUCAGCUCUUACUCUCCACAGGGGGCGCAGGUGAGCUGGACGCUGGACGGGUCAGAGGUCACCGAGGGGGUUCAGACCAGCGCAGAGAGCGAGCGGGACGGACGCUACAGCCGCAGCAGCGUCCUGAGCCUCAGCAAAGCACGCUGGGAAGACGCAGAUCGCUUCGUCUGCAGAGUAACACAUGACGGAGCUGCUCAAGAGACCUCGUUCCUCAAGAGCUCCGAGUGCUGAUGUUUCUCCAGUGAAGAGCAGCAGGAUUCACAGCAGUCACGUGAUUUACAGCUCAAUACUCAAGCAGUCUUUCAAUCUGCUGCCAUUGCUGUUCAUUCAAUAAAGCUUCUGAACGCCUUA